UGGUGAGAAACGAAGUCAGUAACGCAACAAACAGAAACGACAUCGCUAGCCAUUUUGUAGCAGGUAUGCUAACACUAGCUAAACUAGCUAGACUCGCUUUCAAUAAGAUUCGUGAGAUACAUCCCUGUAUUCUUUGAUCUCGCUUGCUUUUAUUCGGUUAGUUUUGAGGACAACACAUGUCGACCGUAACAUAUGGCUAUUUUACACACACAAAUAGGGAAAAUAAGAACAACUGUAGCAUUGCUUUAGCUGACGGAGUCUCUUACCCAACGCGGUCCUGGAGCUGUGUUUCAAAUUCCACAUCCGGCUCCGGUUUCGUGGGCGACAGGGGGCGCACUUUUGCCACACAACGGGAACGUCCGAUUGAAUUAAUAAUGAAAAUAAAAAUAAUGCAUUAUUAUUAUUUUUUUUAUCCGUAUAAUUUUUAAACAAGUAAUGAUUAGCUUUCCAACCAAACGCCACACAAAUGGAAAAUGACGACGUCAGAGAUAGUUAGCAACGUUGCGACAGCAAAAAUAUCAAAGGAACGAUGUCUGUCGAUAAAGAGUAGUAUUUCGGAUGAAACGACAGAUGCCCUACCGUAGUGAUCGAGUGCUUUCGGAAGUCCAUUUUCCUUUUUUCCAAGAAUGUUUCCUGCCAGGUGAGAGAGGAGGAGCCAUAGACAAGGAAGAAGACGAAGAACAGGAAAAGAACCAAAGAAGAAGAAGGCGACUUGGACAUGAGCUGAAGUCACACGUCAUAACAGGCCAGGCCGUUAAAUGAUGUUAUUUUCUAUUGGUAUUAAGUUAUUGGUAAAAUUAGGAGCAUGUUCUGCUAUCCUAAAGAGGGGUUAAAAGGAAGGAGAAGAGCAACAAGCUCCUCCGACUGCACUUAAAACCAAGUCUGAACUUGCUGACACAGUCCUGGAUUUACUACGCAGAUGGCACAGCAGGAGGAGCCUCUCUAUGACUUCCCCGAACCAACCGAGCCAUCAGAGGGCAAGUUCCCAGGCCACCAGAGAAGAUGCGGAUCCCUGAAGAGCAUCAGCGUACUAGACCGGCUCUUGUUGACGGUCCCUGUAUGGCUCCAGCUGUCGAUCAACGCCGCCACUGCGCUCCACAUACUGCAAAGGGAGCCUCCAGGGGUCAGAAAUACAUUCUUGGUGCGCAAGUCUCGCACGUCCAAAAGAAAUGUGCUGUGUGUGCGCCUGGUGGACGACAGUGUGCCGUCCUUUGUGCAGCAAUUUGGUAUCAGGGCGGAAUGUUCAACUCUUUCUCUGGAGACUUCAGCCAUCAGCUUUCCAGACCUUCCAAGACUUAUUUCAUUCUACUGUGUCAGCAGAGAUGUAUUACCCUUCCCCCUGGAGCUCCCUGAAGCCAUUGCUAAAGCAACCUCCCACAAAGAGCUGGAGUCCAUCUCUCAUAUGGGAGUAGAAUUCUGGAACUCACACCUGAAUGUCCGCGGGCCACGAGAGGCCCCAAAGACCCAGAAGAGCCAGGACUCUCCAAUCUCAGCCAUGGCCACUGCUAACUCGCAAACAAUCCCAGCAUCCCAACCCAAUUCCGGCCCACAGCUCGACUCAGAGCUCAAUGCAACUCCUGAAUCAGACCCCAAUUCCACCCUGUUUCGAGAGUUCUGCCCGAUCGAGACGCGUAGCCCCAGAGAGCUGGACUGCGGCUCGGGCCUGGGCGCUCUCUGCUUCAUCAACCCUCUCUUCCUGCAGUCUGACAGCAUCCUUUCCAAACGGCGCUUAAUGAAACGCAGCUUCAAGGUCCGGGUGUCCACAGAGACGUCCACCCUGCUGUCGCCCCCACUCGCUCGUCCGCCCCCGCCACCCCUCAUGCCCAAAACUAAAGGAAAAUGUAAAGCUUUGAAGCAGGCCGGACCUCAGAACUUUUCUGAUGAGGGUCAAACACAAAUGGAAGCCUCCCAACUCCCAACAGUGGCAGAACAUCCACCUGAAGACACAGAUUACAUGCAGCCACCUCCAGCCAUCAUAUCCUCUCUUUCUCCAUCACUCUCUCCUUAUCUAGCACCACCCCUUCCCCCCAAAAUGUCUUCCGCCCCUCAGAACCCUUCCAGCGCAUCUUUCGCCACCCACUAUCAAUUCCCAUCUCUUUCACCCAAGGCUCCCAGUGCUUCCCUUUCUCCCUAUCAGUCCCCAUCUUCUUCCCCCUUCUCUUUAACACCCUUCUGUUCUCCAGCCAUGUCUCCACUGGCAGAGGAAGCCCGUCAGAAAACACCUACUUUCACAUCAAGCCAGCAUGGCCCAGAGAAGAAAAUACAUGAUAAUGAAGUGGAAGAACUAAACAGAGAAAUGGAAGCAGCUACAGUUGACACAGACAGCCGUGGUUCCUUUGAUGGCCUUGAGGGGGCUGCAGAGAUGGCACAACAGACUGCAGUACAGAAACAAAGUGAUAUCCAGCAAAAUUAAUCUUUAAACAAAUGCAGCGUCAAUUACACUAAUUGACAGUAUUCCACAUUGCACUUCAAAUAAAUGCUCAUGGAUGGAUAAAUUGUAAGGUACGAUUUGGGCCUUCCAUAAGUAUGUGUAUACUACAUGAAUUAAGGGAUAAUUGCUGUAACCUAGUGUAAUGCUGCCCACUGAAGUAAAAUGGACUGAAAAAUAUAAUUUCAAUUAAAAGACAAUGGGUUUUUAUCAAAUAGUUUAUU